ACUCUUUUAUCAAUGAUUGAUUGCAUAAACAUGAACACAAAAUGUACAUACUUAUGUACACUCAUAAAGCCACAAUGAGGACAUUAAACUGGUCACGUGUCAUCGGCUUGUUCCCUCCGAUUUCUUUACUACGUGAAUACACACUCAGUUGUACGGCCGUGGGAGCUAAAGAAAAAUGUGUUCAAUAUAACAAGGCCAGUUAUCGGGACGGCUAGGGGCUAAUUCGAAUUCAUAUUAAAGUUUCAAAAAUGACUGGAAUUUUUAUUCAGUGGAUUGUCGCUUUUGUUUUUGCAGUUGUUUCUACAAAAGCGCAAUCAACUUUAAUUGGAAACAUUAAAAUGAAAGGAGUAACUGGCAAUGUGACCUUGACCCAGUCAUCUCAAGGUCAGGCUAUAACAGUGACCACGUCAUUAUCGGGGCUGAACCAGAGUAACACGAUGAUUAUCCGGGAGGCGCGGCUGUUAUACGACGGAUCCGCCACUAUGUGUUCUGACGAUCGUCUGGGUAGGCAAAUGGGGACUUUCAGUGCAACUGUACCCAGCAGCGGAACAAGCACCAACAGUAUCAGUGAUGGCACCGAUAUCCGUGAUUUAACAGGGAGAUCUGUAGUCCUAACGGACACAACAAAUCCCAACUCCACAGUCUGCACAACCCUGGAAUCAAGCGAAACACAUUUUACAGCUUCUGCUAUAUUCCCGUCUAAUAUAGCCGGGAAGAUCACAUUCCGACAGGCCAGUAGUCCGAACAACGCUCCAAUGUCAAUGUGUGUCGACCUCUACAGAGUGACCGACACAGACAAUACAACUGUAGGGGAAUUCAGCUGGGAGGUAUUCACAAAAUCGGUCUCUGCUGACACCUCUAUCGUUGCUCUCAGUCAAAGGUGUUCAAACAUUGGGUCCCUAGACACAGACCUAACAUCAACACAUGGCAAACUUAGUGUAAGCUUGCAACAAGGACAGAAUGUUCGAUGUUUUGUUGAUAAAAGUCUUACUAUGCAGUCCUUGGUUGGAAAAUCCCUGGCAAUCAAAUCCAGCGAUGGAACAAUCGUCUCAUGUGGAACUAUCCGUCAGGUCAUGAAAAGAAGCACAAUGACCCGGUUCAGUAGAGAUGGGGUCAAAGGUUACAUAAAAUUUUCCCAAGAAUCCAUGUAUGAUCCAACGACAGUUGAUGUGAAUGUUACUGGAUUGCAAUCCUUGGCCGGCGGUUACCACAUACAUAAAUGGCCGGUUCCACAGAAACUGACCAAGAUGGAAAAAGUUUGUGAUCCAUCAUAUGUGUCAGGUCACUUUAACCCUAAUAACAUCGAUGUCAAUACUUCCCCAAGUCCUGGUACAGGAACUCCAGAUCAGUAUGAAAUAGGAGACAUCAGUGGAAAGUUUGGUGUUUUAAACGGAAAAUCAGACUUAGUAGAUACAUUUACUGACUAUAACCUCCCAUUAUAUGGGAUGCAUAGUGUAAUAGGACGAUCCAUUGUCAUCCACAAGCAAAGUGGAGGUGCAAGAUGGGUUUGUGCAAAUAUUGAAUCCACCGAAGAAAUGAGGAUAGCCCAGAUAACGUUUACUUACCCAUACAUCGGAUACAUGGUUUUCCAGCAGCCUCUCAUGAAUUGGUACCAAGCUGAAACUCAGAUAUACGUGGAACUUGACAUGAUGACUCAGACAGGGCAAUCGACAGAUCACAAGUGGCACGUUCAUGAAAAAAUGGUUGGGAUGGAUUCAUUGGAUUCAACUGGAAGAUGUAGCUCUACAGCUGGACAUUACAAUCCAUACCAAGUGGAUCUGGAAGGGAACUACGCCUCCCAGUGUAGUUCAUCUAAUCCACUCAGGUGUGAGGUUGGAGAUGUAGCAAACAAACAUGGUAACAUCGAUAUCGGCACCUCUGCUGAAGGGAAACAGCGCUACUUCUUCACGGACGUUGAUCUUCCACUUUCUGGUCCGCUGAGCAUUAUUGGAAAGUCUGUGGUGAUUCAUGGUGCAAACAAAGGGGGUGAAAGAAUGUCAUGUGGAAACAUCUACGAGCUUCCGAAACGUGUUGUAAAAGUGGAUAAAUGGAGUCAGAUGGUAAGUUCAAGUAUGGGUGGAUACGUUAAACUGACUGAAGAUUCUGCAGGUUGUUUGAGUGGAGUGACCACAACAGAGAUCAAUCUCAACAACCUGGCAUCACAAGCUAGUGGCCUUCAUGUGCACGAGUAUCCCGUCCCAACAGGAAGCGAUUCGCCCUGUUCACCAGCAAGCGUUGGUGGACAUUUCAAUCCAUUCGAAAUAGACGUGAAUACCAGUCCCGCUAACGGAGCUGGAACAGACGAUCAGUACGAGAUCGGAGAUUUAAGUGGUCGCUAUGGAAGCCCACUAAAUGGAAAGACCAGUAUUGCUAUGACCGACAUGGAUACCAAUGUACCACUCCGUGGGCCUCUAAGUGUUGUUGGCCGAUCCAUUGUGAUACACAAAGCUGAUUCAUCUCGGUGGCUUUGUGGUGACAUCAUGGAGGACACAGAGGUUACUAAAGGAGUGAUGUACAAGGCUAAAGCGACUUUCGCCUCUGGAGAUAUUCAAGGAACAAUCACACUUAUGCAGUAUGCUUACCCCGGCGGAGGUAUGAGUGAUACUGAUGUGUUAGUGGACUUAUACUACGCACAAAACCGAAGUAAAAUUACAUCAAACCAUAACUGGCAUGUUCAUGAAAAUCAAGUGACCACAGACUGCGCUUCUACGGGAGGUCACUAUAACCCAUUCCAGGCCGACUUACAGAAUAAUUAUGACGAAUGUAGCUUUUCGAACCCUCUUCGCUGUGAACUAGGGGAUCAGGCUUCAAAGUUAGGACAAUAUGACAUAGGAAAUGGUAGACGAUUCUAUACUGAUGUCUAUCUUCCCCUGAUGGGUCAAUUCGGAGUAAUCAGUCGUUCCUUUGUUGUGCAUGCAGAGAAUGGCGGCGCGUCUCGUGUGACCUGCGCUAACAUUAUGCCAUUGGACGGCAUGACAAUGCCAAUGUCCUUUCCAGUGCAAUCAAAUUUCAAUAAAGAAACCAUGAGAACAAAGAUAGCUGCAGCACUGGGCACCCAGACAUUUAACCUUAUGGUGGAACAGAUGCCCUCUAAUGCAGUGGUGGAUGGAAACUGCAUGCAGGCCACUGUUUAUUUCAUGGGCCCGGAAUCCAGAAGCCUUUAUAGUGAGCUGGGCUCCUUAAUGAAACAAAAUUCCAACUUGCUUGGUGCAUAUGCACCAUGUUCAGGAUCAAAUUCACUCCAUUUUUCAAUUGUAUUAUUUGGACUACUGUUUUGUAUACAACAAUUUUUGUCCAAGUGGAGAUGAUAGAUGGAGCUUAGACUAGUGCCAUUACUACACAAUACAUAUCAUAUAGUGUCUCCCCUCGCCAGAGGGUCAAACUAUUAUUCCUGUCAUUGGUCAAACUAAGGACAAUGAUUUAUGGUACUUGUUUGUACAUGAACUCUCUGUGUACAUGUACACAGUAUAUAUUUAUACAUUCUCAUGUCUUUUCAUUUACAAUGCAUAUACAUUUUAUAUAUAUAAGAAGUUCAUGUUCUUCAAAGUCAUUGUAUACAUUAUACUGUAUAAAUUGAUAAUGUUCUUGUAAUAUAGUAUUUUUUUCAGAUUUUUACAAUAUAUCAAGUA